AACCUUAUGUAGAAUGUAUAAUAUAGAGUCAAGUAGUAUCGGCAAGCGAGUAAUAUAAGCACUACGAAUAGCUGCUUCUCACCGAUCCAAUAGUUACACAGUUACAGUCUCUGUUUUAAAUCUUUAAAAACAUAAAACGUUAUUUAAUUACUAUUAAAGUUUUUUUUUCCCUUUUUUUUUUUUUUUAUAUACUUUAAACGUUAAUAUAUUAUUAAGUUUUUUAGUUUUUAAAAAUGUCGUGUGCUAUAGGAUGUAUCAAGUGGCUACUGUUUGUCUUCAAUUUUAUAUUUUCCUUAUGUGGUCUCGCGCUUAUUAUUCCAGCGGUAAUUAUCUACGUGAAUAUAAAAGAUGUAUCAACUGAAAUGCAAGAAAAUGUAAUAUUUCCUGUAAUAGCUAUUAUUAUUAUUGGAAGUAUUAUUUUCGUAAUAGCAUUCUUCGGAUGUUGUGGUGCUAUCAGAGAUAGUCACUGCAUGAUAGUAACUUUUGCGAUUCUCCUACUGUCAAUAUUAGUCGCUCAAAUAGCCAUUGCAAUUCUCGCUUUUAUUAAAUUGAAAGGAUUUGACCGACAAUCAUUUGACCACACUUAUGAAGAAAUGUUCAACGAUUACUGGAAGGAAGACAAAAAACAGGAUCGUAUAUUCAUUGAUCUUGUUCAAACUGCCUUGAGUUGCUGUGGUAUUGAGGGACCAGAUGAUUUCUCAACCAGCAGACCUGGAUUCAAUGGAUCUGUUCCAAUGAGCUGUUGUCCAAUAGAUCCCAAGAACCAUCAACAAUUUUGCUCUCAACCUUAUUCAAAAGGAUGUUCCGAGAACGUCGCUGCUUUCUUCCAGCUUGCUGGUAAACUUCUUGGUGGAAUUGCUUUAGGUAUCGCUGGAGUUGAAUUGAUCGGGAUUAUAUUCGCACUGUGCUUUGCUAAUUCGAUACGAAACGCCGAUCGUCGAGCGUACAGAGUUUAAUUUUUAAUUAUCACUUGUUGUAAUUAUACUACAGCUUGCAACAAAAAAAAAAGCUAAUUAUGAAAUAAUCAAAAACAAAAAGGAAAAAAUAU